CGUCCAUCAAUGACGUGAAGGCAGACACCACUCGUGUGAUCAGCAAAACAGCAAAACAUGAAAACAUCUGAACAUUGAAUUGAAUCUGAAAUCGGAUUCAUUUGUCGGAAGCGUUGAAUCAAUCGUUUGAAGCGAUGGUAAGGUUUGGUCGGAAGCCUUCGUGGAGUUUCCCGGACUUCAAGUCCAGACUUCCCGACCAUUACUACGAGUAUCAGAAUCGACUGCAACGGCCGUCCACUCGAGUGCACGACAUCGCAGCCAAAACUGAUUACUUGGAUUUGGUUUACAAUAAAGACAGACAUAAAGUCGAAAGAGUGGCCGACACUCCCAUUCCCGUCUUAUAUCCUCCCGAAGCCGAUGUCGGCAUUUGGGGCGGAGAGGGGGUAGUGAAGGGAUAUAUCAAACCCCGGAAGUACUUCCAGGCCGGACAGCCUCGACCCUUUUAUUGGUUCCCACACCUGAAGAGAGCCGUCUUCUACAGUGAAAUAUUGGAUAAGUAUUUCCGAGUGAUAUGUACGCGAAGAACACUGGAAUUGGUUGACAAUCACUACGGCUUUGAUAGCUAUAUAUUGAGAACUGAAGUGCAGGACUUGAAGUCACAACUGGCCCUCUCUUUAAGGAGACUAAUGUUAUUGACUUUAAUCCGAAAGAAUUUCAAAGAUCCUGAACAUUGCGAAGAAAUGGUCAAUAAAUAUAAGGAUUGUCUGAUUCCGUUCUUCACUCAGGAAGAAGAGGCUGAAUGGUUAGGACUUUCAGUGAGAGACGCUAUGGUUAAGCAGAAGAUAAUUGACGCCAAAAACAAUAAACCGAUUCCUCUGAAGGCGACGCUGACACAGGAACUCAUAGAAGAACUCCAGAAAAUGAAAGACAGCGGAGAGUUUGAUACCAUUAUGAAAGACGAACAGAAGGACAGUUGGAUCAAC